GAAGACCUGUCAAUUCCUCCCAAUCCAUGAGCGCAGGCUUUUCAGAGAAGCGCCAUUGCAAUCUGUCACAGGCGGGGACACUGGGGGAUUUAAACUCGUAAUACUCAGUGACUUGAAACAUUUCACAGCUGAGGCAACGGAGCCAGAACCACUCAGGGGGUCUCAGCUCAGCCCUCCAGGCUCCUGCAUUCCGGCGGGUGUUAAGAUCCAUGGAAGUGGCCGGUUUCUACGACGAGGGCAGCUUUGCUAUCCAUAGAGAGAACGUAAUCACUCCCAUCAGCGGCGACUCUUACUGGAGGUUCGGAGACUCGAUGACGGAGCUGGGCAUUGAAGAGCGGGAGAGAGCGAUAGACUUCAGCGCUUACCUGGAUUCACCUUUCCACUGUCCGCAGCCGACGGCGCAGACGCACCAGCACCUGGGGGACGCGUACGCCGAUUUCCUGGCGGAGAGCAAGAUCAAGAGAGCCGCGGCCAUACAGAGCUACUCGCUCCUGAGCGACCUGGAGGCGAGCCAGUGCGCCAACCUGCGGGACCCCAGGGAGUCCUACGCGCUGGCGUACACCGAGCUGCAGGAGACGCGCGUGGACAGCGUGCUCAGCCCCGAGCUGGAGAGCCGCUACCGCGCCGCCGCCGCCGCCGCCGAGCGCGACGACAGCCAGGAAGACGCGAAAAUGGAGAACGGCUCGUCCGGCUUCGACAUGCGGUACCCUUACUACCAGUCCACCAGCGGCAGCCUCGGGAACAUCUCCACCGCGUCCUCGACCUGCUCCAGCCCGCCCGGCACACCUGCGCCGUCGGGUAGGAGCAGGUCCCCGUCGCACGGCGGCAAAAUGUCCAGCGGCAAGGCGAAGAAGCGCCUGGACAAGGACAGCGAGGAGUACCGGCUGCGGCGAGAGCGGAACAACCUCGCCGUGCGAAAGAGCAGGGACAAAGCCAAGAUGCGCAACUUGGAGACGCAACACAAAGUGCUGGAACUGGCCGCGGAGAACGACCGUUUACAGAAGCGCGUGGAGCAGCUGUCCAGAGAGCUGGCCACGCUGCGCAACCUGCUCUCCGCCACCGGACAAUGUUAGGACCCCCCCCCCCCCUCUCCCCCCCCCGCGAGCUGCUCGUCUGGUCACGGAUAGACUCUGCAGCCGAGUGCGUGUGUUGGGACACGGUACGCUCCACCGGCGAAGACGGCGACCACCAGUUUACAAGGACACUUUGAAUGGGACGCGAGCGGUGGGCGCGCGGAUUGCGCAAUCAUUCACGAUCCUUUGUAUGUCACCUUAGCUUUAUUCUCGGAUGUAAUUUCGUGGUAUGCAGUAUUUUCUGUGCAGCUUUUACAUACAUGAGUGGAUUUCUACAUUUUGUGUAACUGGAGCAAUGGUUGUCAUGGGAAGAGUUGUGCUGCAGUGAAAUGAUGCAACUCUUUGUAAUACUAUUGGCAAUGAAUGAAAUAAGUCUAAUAUUUAAUAUUAAAUGGUGAGAUGCUUUAAUUCUACUUGAUAUUUUAUUGAAUUAAAAAGAUUUAUACUUUGUUUAAACAAUUUCAUUCGCAAUUUCUUAUUUUCUGACCUUUUGAAGCGGCUGUGCUACAGACAGACAGGGAUGUAAUGUUUAAAUAUUCAUGGCAAAGAUAAUCAGACUGUGUCAGCCGCAGUAAAGGCAGAUUAAAAAUCUUUAAAUUCAGCUCAUCACGUCAACACAUUUUUGGAGCGUUUGAGCUGACAGACGUUUUAAUAUGUUACAGAUCGGUGUCAUUUUCAUUCAUUUUAUUCCAAAGGCCCAACAGAUUCUUUACAUAAUCACUGCUCAACUCCUACUGUCACCAGCGUUUGUGAUCUGUUUACUUAACGCCUUAACACCAAAGUCCUCAGGUCUUGAAAUGCAUCCAACUAAUUUAUGGUGAAAUGAUACUGCUGAGAGCAGCAAAAAAAAAAAAAAAAAAAAAAAGAAACCAAAA